UCAACACUAGAUUCUGUGCCUCUUUAUAAAAUAUCAAUGUAUUCUCGAUAAGUAAAUUGUGAAGAAAAUAGUUAAAAUAAAUGCGAUAUAUUUUUCCUGAAGUAUGAUGACGUUUAUUCAUUAAUUUCCUUCCUUUCACAUUGAGGAAAAAGCGUGCUAUAAUAAGUAACGCCCAUUUGACACCAAGUAAAUCGUUACGUCGAUAAGAUUAUAUUUUAAUCGUUCUAAUUGUGCAAAACAAUCAAUACAUACAAUUAUAUUAAAAUGGCAAAAAUCAGUGAAGAUGUGUAUUUAGAGCGUAUUCCAUCAGGAAUGUACAAUGAAUUAGUUUACGAGUUAAAUAAGAACUCAAAUUGGCAGAUACUCGCCUGUCACGUAGCCAAACAAUUUGGAUACCAAUGGAAUUCAUGGCUAAAGUCAUUAGAACAGAAUAUCAAUGCUACAAAAACGCCAGCAGACAAUCUGCUGUUCGAGCUUAAUGUAAAAAUGUGUACAGUUGGAAUAUUAUGCACAUUGCUCAGAGAUUGUGAACUUGGCAACGUUUUGUCUGUCUUGCAUUAUCCAGAGCCAUCAAUAAUUGUUAAACAUCCCUCUGAAGAUCUAGAACAUGAUACUUUAGAAAUAUCUUUUGGUCAACACCUUCGUCUUUCUUGCAAAGCUACGGGUAUACCAUCGCCGAGUUAUCAGUGGUAUCACAAUAAUAUUGAGCUACAGAGACAGCAAAGUUGUGAACUUGACAUUGUUAUAAAUAGUUGUGAUCAAGCUGGAGAAUAUAAUUGUAAAAUCUCACAAAUCACCAAUGAUGGAAGGGUAGUAAUAUCUACAUUGCUAACGAAAUCAGUUUUUGUAAAGUUAUCUCGCGUACCUGUAGUUAUACAGCAACAACCACCUGCUUUCUUAGAGCUUAAGGAAGGUGAAGAUUUUAUAAUUAAAUGUAUAGCACAAGGUCAUCCAGAGCCACAUUAUCAAUGGUUUAGAGAUAAUAUAAAAUUAGAAGGAGAUACAUCCAAUGUAUUGCAUAUAAGACAAUUCAGUUCUAAACAUGAAGGAAAAUAUCAUUGUUAUAUAAAUAAUGACGUUAAUGAAGUAAUCACUCAAAGAAGUCAUAUAAUGUUGGACCUUCCUCGUGAAAAAGCAAUAGCGAAAAUAGCUUUAAUCAUUGCAAAUGACGAUUAUGAAAAUCACAUGUGUCUAGAGACACCUAAAAACGAUGCUGCAAAAAUUGGUAUUCUGUUAAAAGAAAUCGAUUUUAAAAUAAUCUGUCUGGUAAACUUGUCGCUUGAACAAAUGAAGAAUGCUAUAAAAAAAUUUGGUGACGUUUUAAAAGAAGGAGUUUAUGGAUUAUUCUAUUAUGCUGGACAUGGUUUUAAAAUGCAAGAGAGUUACAUGCUUGCUGUUGAUGCGCCAGAAUCUUAUUUAAGAAGAGAUGCAAUUUGUGAGAGUGAAUUGUUAGCUAUAUUAUUGCAAAAUGAUCCUGCUCUUUUAGUAACGAUAUUGGACAUGUGCCAAACUGUACCACCAAAAGAAUGUAAUCCUGAUAUUCAUAAUGAGAUACCAAAAGUCAAAGAAUAUAAGAGUAGGAAAAACCUACGAAAUUUAGUACAAGCGUAUUCCACGUCUAGUUAUCGUCCUAGUUACGAAAGAACAAACAGCAAAUACGGAUUAUACGCCAUGCAUCUGAGCAAAUAUAUCAGUAAAAAUAUCCCAGUCACAAAAGUAUUUGAAGAAGUAGGAAAAUCAAUAGACAGAUUAUUAAAAGGAACUGAACGUAAUCAAAUUCCAAUGUUUGCCUUAACGAUCACUAAACCCUUUCGUCUCACCGAUGCAAUUUACAAAAGAGAUCCAUCGCCUACAUUAGACCAUUUAAAUAAAUUAAUAGCUUUCUCAACCAAGUCUAUCGAAAUAAACUUCAAGCAAGCUAGUAUCUCUGCUAUGGUUGUUAUCUCGUUAUUUAUGGAACCAUAUUUAAAUGUAAUCAAGAUUUCAGUGUGUAAUUUAGAAGAUUUGGAAGUAAAUUUUUUUAAUUUUGUGGCCACAAAACAGAACAAUUUAUUCCAAACUGCAGGUUCCAAACAAGAAUGUUGGAUACAUAAUCCACAAAUGUGUCAGGGGCCUUUGGUUAUAUCUGUUUCAAAAAAUGGGACACAAAUUGGCGCAACAUUGCUGCACAUUAAAAACUAUAUUCCAUUGAUAUUGGAACAUAUUAGUAACUAAUAUUUAUA